ACAGUGGGCGUUUGGAAAGCAGGCUCUGAACAUUAUCCACAGAGAAAGGAGGUGGGGAGAGAGGGAGGCACAGGCUGCUGCGAAGAGUCCGGCGAUUGCGCGCUGCUGCGAAGUGUUUUGCAGCCUUGGGGGACGCGCACGCACACUCUCUCGCUGGCGCUCCAGCGCACAGGGCUCUUCCUUGCAAAGUUUCGCCUGCCAUCACACGCCAGGAUUUUCCUGCUCCGCUCUGCCGCUGCAACCUUGAACUUUGGCAACGUGGUUGACAGUAUCGUGGUGUAUCAACCCGCUAGCAGCUUCUCCAAAGCAAUAGCAAAUCUGGGAGAAAGGGGUGGGGGAAACGCAACGCAAGGGAAGAAAUAGUCUCGUUCCCCCCUUAACUCUCUGCAUUCCAUUCAACCCCCCCAUUCCCGUCUCCCCCCGCCCCAAUCCACCACCAGCAACUGCGGCAGCACCAAGACCGAGUCGCCGAGAACAAGAGGGUUAAAAGUGUAGAUUGGAUUUCACCCCGGGAAAUCUAGCGCUCAGAGUGAACUCGAAUCUUUGGCUAUUUAAGGAGGACUGGGGCUUGUUACGAAGUUGCAGCGAUCCGAGGCGCUCCUUACUCGAUUCAUCAGAUGACUGUAAAAUGAAUAGAUGAAACCGCUGUCCUUUUGAUACUUUUUUCUCCGCAGAAGUGCUUUCUCAGAGCGAAGUCAUGAUGUAUUCUCCCAUCUGUCUCACUCAGGAUGAAUUUCACCCAUUCAUUGAGGCACUUCUUCCACAUGUCCGUGCAAUUGCCUACACUUGGUUCAACCUUCAGGCUCGAAAACGCAAGUACUUUAAAAAACAUGAAAAGCGAAUGUCAAAGGAUGAGGAAAGAGCAGUCAAGGAUGAGCUACUCAGUGAAAAGCCUGAAAUUAAACAGAAGUGGGCAUCCAGGCUUCUCGCCAAACUGCGCAAAGAUAUCCGCCAAGAGUAUCGGGAGGAUUUUGUGCUCACUGUUACUGGGAAGAAGCACCCUUGCUGUGUAUUGUCCAAUCCUGACCAGAAGGGAAAGAUUAGGAGAAUCGACUGCCUGCGACAGGCAGACAAAGUCUGGCGUCUGGAUCUAGUCAUGGUGAUCCUCUUUAAAGGUAUUCCUUUGGAAAGUACGGAUGGAGAACGGCUCAUGAAAUCCCCCCAUUGCACAAAUCCAGCACUUUGCGUUCAGCCACAUCACAUAACAGUAUCUGUCAAGGAGCUUGAUUUGUUUCUGGCGUACUAUGUGCAGGAUCAAGAUUCUGGACAAUCAGGAAGUCCAAGCCACAAUGAUCCUGCCAAGAAUCCACCAGUGUAUCUUGAGGAUAGUUUUGUAAAAUCUGGAGUCUUCAAUGUAUCAGAACUGGUGCGGGUAUCUAGAACACCUAUAACUCAAGGAGCUGGAGUAAAUUUCCCCAUUGGAGAACUCCCAAGUCAACCAUACUAUCAUGACAUGAACUCUGGUGUAAACUUGCAGAGGUCACUAUCCUCUCCACCAACCAGUAAGAGACCCAAAACUAUAUCCAUAGAUGAGAAUAUGGAACCAAGCCCAACAGGUGACUUUUAUCCUUCCCCAAAUUCACCAGCUGCUGGGAGUAGGACAUGGCAUGAAAGAGAUCAAGAUAUGUCUUCUCCUACAAUGAAGAAACCUGAAAAGCCUUUAUUUAGCACUACAUCUCCCCAGGAUUCUUCACCAAGACUGACCACUUUCCAGCAUCAUCAUCCAGGGAUCCCAGGAGUUGCACACAGUGUCAUCUCAACUAGAACUCCUCCUCCACCUUCACCAUUGCCAUUUCCACCACAAGCUAUUCUCCCCCCUGCCCCAUCUAGCUACUUCUCUCACCCAACAAUCCGGUAUCCUCCUCACCUGAAUCCUCAGGAUACUCUGAAGAAUUAUUCUUAUGACCCGUCCAGUCCACAAACCAGCCAGCCUAACAGCAGUGGUCAAGUAGUAGGAAAAAUGCCUGGCCAUUUUACUCCAGUUUUGGCACCCUCUCCCCAUCACAGUGCGGUGCGACCUGUGACCCUGACCAUGACAGACACUAAACCCAUCACAACAUCCACUGAAGGUGAGGCAUCUUCACCUACAGCUACCACCUACACAGCCUCAGGCACAUCCCAGGCCAAUCGAUAUGUGGGACUAAGUCCAAGAGACCCUUCCUUUCUACACCAGCAACAGCUGAGGAUUUGUGACUGGACCAUGAAUCAAAACGGCAGGCAUUUAUACCCCAGUGCCAAUGAGGAUACAUUGGGAAUUACUUGGCAAAGUCCUGGUACCUGGGCUAGCCUGGUCCCUUUUCAAGUAUCAAACAGGACACCAAUCCUGCCCACAAAUGUCCAAAAUUAUGGUUUGAACCUAAUUGGAGAGCCUUUCCUUCAAGCAGAAACAAGCAACUGAGGGAGAUUGAAACUGAACAAAAUACUAUAAAAGAAAGGAAGAAGGGACAAAAAAAAAAGAACCUGAAGAAAGAAGAAACAUAGACCAGCAAUUGCAGCACUUACAAUCAUUAAUUCCCUUAAGGUUGAAACUGUAAUGGUGUUUAUAAAAAAGGGUCGACGAUAUUUCACUGAUGAGUAGAAAGAUGUUCCUCCUAAGUAGCCUUUGUUCUAUGAAAUCCACUGGGAAAUAGAUGUUCUGUCUCUGACAAUAUAUUUUAACUGACUUUCUAGAUGCCUUAAUAUUUGCAUGAUAAGCUAGUUUAUUGGUUUAGUAUUCUUGUUGUUUACGCAUGGGAUCACUAUUCCUAGUUAGCUCUCACAACAAAGGCUAGGAGGCAUCCAUAGAGCUGCAGGAGAAUCAGGCCAUGAGCCAUCUUUUCUCAGCACUCUAUUUUCUAAAUGUUUUUUUUCUAAGGAAAAAACAAACAAUUUAGCCUUUAAUGAUCAAUCCAAAUUUAUUUAACUUUGGCCCAGCUUUUUCCUAGUGUGUUACCCGGUUUGAAAUUUUCAGGAAGCCAUUUAAAUAAACAGGCAUUUUAUAGAAUUGAUGCCUCACAUUAGGGUUAAAUAAUGUGUUAUCUUCUCAUAUGACAAGAAAAAGAAAAAGAAACUAAAAAUAAUUUUCCCCACUUAGGAAAACACUUAGAGGCAAGUGCAAUUUUAAAAGUAUAUCUAAAGGAGAUCAUUGUUAUAAGUCCUUUAGCCCUUGGACUCUAAAUUGAGGGGAUUAAAAACAAGAAGAAUUUCAAGGGUAUUUUGAACAAAUUUAUUUUCCCCUCAGUUUUGAAGGGGGGCAUUAAAAGGCAUUAAUUAAAUCAAGACAAAUCAUGUACUUGAGGAAAAAACUAAUUGAAACACAGCACUUAUGUUGAUUUUAGCUUCUGCCUCCUUUGAGGUAUUUUAUUUAUUUAAAGUUACUGGUUGGAUCAAGAAGAACCCAUAGAGAACAGGAAAGGUUCUAUAAAACCUUCAUCACAGAGACAGAGAGAGGUAAAUCCAUGUCAUAGGGACAAAGCUUACAGUUUACAAACUGGGAAUGCCAGGUUGGGGGGGUGGAUAUAUUUUUUUAAAAAUGCACUCUUUUGAAAAGCCUAAUAGGGUGCUGAAAACUUGCAUGGUGCUCUCAAAAAUUAGCCUUGUUCGACAGAUUUCUCAUAUUAACAGUAACAUGCAUGGGCGGAUAUGUUUUGCCUCUAUGUCUCUAUAAAAACUAAUUAAAACUACUUUAUCCAGUAAUCCUAAUUUGCACGAAGUUAUAAUGUCCACAUAACGUGCCUUGCCUUGAAAUCUAAAAAGUGACAUCACUACACUUGUUUUGCUGCAUUUAUUAUCAUUUUAAAUCUUUACCAUUUUUAUGACAAAAUAUUUUGUACUCCAGAUGGGAAAAUGAAAAAAAAAAGUGACAUCGUGGAUUUUUUAUGCAGUUAUAAAUUUGUCUCACAUUUAUAAAGCAUAUCAUGGCUGUGUAUAGUUGCUGCUUAAAAAUUGUAAUCGACCAGCAAUAUUUUCAGUAUUUUGGUGUUUUUUCUAUUAAUCUUUCAUGUUUUUCAUCUUCCAAUUAAUAUUGGGGGGGAGGGGAUUCAAAUUUAUAUGAAUUAUGCAAUACCAAGUUUUGCCUAUGUAGGUAGUGCUUUUAGCUGUAUUGGUUAUUAUAGGUAAGUACACAGAUUUAAAAGACAAAAGAUUAAUGUAUGCUUUUUGUUUAGUUUGUUUUAAUUGACCAAAGUGGGUACUGCUAUUUUUGCAGUGUGAUGAGAUCCUUUUGUGUACUGAGAGAUGGACAGGGGAUUUUUUUUUAUACAUACAUAUAUCUAUAUAUUCUGGGGUGGGUGGGGAGGAUUUUUAACACUUGACAGUGUAGCUGUGAAGCAGUGCACCAUUGGCUGGGUGAGGGCUACAAAGCGACUCUUCUGCCUACUGUGAUAAAAAUUUCAAAAAGGUGUCCUCUUUUUAACUUUCCACCUGGGGUGCAAGCUGAACUCAUUUCUGGUUUUAAAAUAAUAGUGGUAAUAAUAAUGAUGAUAAAUAAUGGAUUCUGUUGGAGGCAGACUUGACUUGAAGAAAAUUUUACUCAUUUUUUUCCAAUUUGAGAUAUCAAGACCCACAGAGAACAACAGCCUUUAAAUUUUUUAUAAUGUUGAGGUAAGAAUCGUAUACACUAUAUAUACCAAUAGAACUCUUCUCCAAAAGCAGCUUACCUCAUUAUAUUUUGUAUUGAAUCCAGAUACCUAAGUACAUAAUCAAAUGUACUGUAACAUUGUGGUGGACUCCCUCUAUUUUAGAGCCUAGUUACACAUUACAGUUCCUCAUAUUGAUAGCAGUUAGUUCUCUCUGUUGAAGACCUUGAAGGGCACUUCCCCAUCCAGACUCCUUUCCUCUGGCAAGGAGCUACUGCAAUUAAUUUGUUACAUGAAGCUCUCUUUCUGCAUUGUGUUCCUGGCACUGGCAGAAAUGCAAGGGGUGAGCCAGUGCUUCAUGGUUCUAAAGAAGCAAAACUGGCUCCUUAUGUGACUAGUCAUAAGGGACUCUAAAUACCAUAGAAGUGUAUUUUCAAGGGCAAAGCUUUAGCAGAUGGUAAUAUUCUAUAUGUGAGAGUUGAGUAAGAUUAUGCCAGCCAGCCCAACCCCUAGUGUGCCCAGUGUCAAUCCAUUGUAUGUUAUGCACCAAGAGGUGACCAAGUAGCGUAUCACAAACUCUGCCUCCCAUUCCACAGACUAAUAUCCGGACAAGGCUAAUGAUUUAUACAUGUGUGUUGUCUCCACAACUGACAUAAUAUGCAUGUAUUUUGUCUUUGGGAUACCAAUUAUACCUGAAUACAGAAUGGAAUCUGAAAAAUCUGCUCAAAGAGCAUAUACUGAGAGCCACAAUUUUUUAUUUGUCAUUGGCUUCAUCAGAUGUAGACUGGCAGGCAAUUUUAUCAACUAUAAUAAAGUUACAAAGAAAUAUUCUUCAUUUCAAAAAGUUCUUAAUCUGACCUUUUCAAGACUGAGAGAUGGGUGCACAGAGGAUGAGCAUUAUGACAGGGUGACAUUUCCCUUCAAAUAUCCCCUUCUUGAAAAAAAAUUGUUUGAGAGAACAGCUUUCUGAAACUAUAAAGCCCUUAGAGCCCUUUUGGGUGCUCACUUUAGGUUAUACAUGUGAAUCAUGGUUUCUUUCUUUUUUUCCCUUCACAGUAGCUUCCUUAAGUUGCACAGGAAACCACUCUAGAAAUUGCCCUGAAUUUGAAAAGCAGCUUGAUAAGCAGGGCCCAGGGCUACCAUUAAAGAACUAAAAAUGACACUGAAGUCCCACUUUACUUAUGGAGAUCACUGUGGAGCUCCAAUUCCCACUUGAAUCACCACCAGUGGUGAAUGCUGUACUUGCUGUUUUCUCUUUUUUGAAUCCUCUUUAAAAUGGUGAUGAACGUGGCGACAGCAACGACUAUCUUGCCUGAGACCAUGGUCUUUCCUUAGAGCUUCCCUAUCUUCACUUCCAAUUUUGGGGCAUCAUCAAUAGAAUAUUUUCUAAGAGAGUUGCAUUGGCAAAAGUUGAAUGACAGUGGCAAAGUUGUAGGAAGUUUUUUUUAAAAAAAAUUAAUCAUAAGGUUUAUAUUUAGCUAAAUCCAGAAUUAAACCGACUGUAUGUUGGCUCUUUUUUUCUGAGCCCCAUUGUAAGUGAAUUAAUUCACUAAAUAUACAGCUAUCAGAAAUUACUGAAAUGUAUAGGCUGGUCUCGUUGAGAAUCCCUUAGGCUAUGGCCCACUAAAAUAGAUCAUGUAUUGUUAUUUUGACUCCUCAGUUAUUAAUUAAGAAGUAUGGACCAUGUAGUUACAGUUGGCUGGAGAACUACAUGCUUAUCUGUUCAGUAGGGCACUUCUUAAACUUGGAACACUGAAGGAGAAUGAAACAAAUACUUCAGACUUUAAAGUGCAAUAAUUUAAAUGAUUCUGAUACAAUGGAUAGUCUCAAAUGAACUUUUUUUGAUAUAAUCCUAACCUAUGGUAUUAAUGGAAUGAAUUUAUAAAAUAGGGGAAAUGUUCCUAUUUAUAAAAGGCUAACUUGCUCUGUGAAAACAAUUCUUUUUAUUGAAUGGUUCAGUGAUAGGCCAUCAUCCUGACAACAUUUAGAUGCAAGUUAAGUGAUCUCAGGACUGUGAUCUCUGUGGGUUUUUCUGUCUUCCUUUUUAAUAUACCCAUCAAAACCAUCUUUCUAUUCUUAACUUAAAUUCUUAAAGCUGAGAAUUCAAAUGUUUAAUGAAAUGUUGCAAACACAAAUCUAGUCUGAGCCUCCUCCUUCAUCAGGAAGUGUAUUCUGACUAAAUCAAGCCACCCCGUUCUAUGUGCACUGUUCUGCCUUUAUUCAGUUGCUUUGGAGCCCUUGCCUCUUGGCAGUGCCACUGAAGUGUGUUUUCCCCUAGAGUGACAUGAACGUUUCAGGCUUGACUAAGGAAAAAAAGGCAGUGAAGGAGACUGUACAUAAAGACAUGGCAAAAUAUUAAAUAUAGCAAUAUAGUUGUGCGUUCAGGUGGGCAGCUCCAUUUAAAAUAUGUGAAUGAACCUGUGAAGCUGCAGUUAGAGAAGAGCAGAGAAUCUUCUUAAUGAACCCACCUACCUUGUAGACAGUAAUUUGUACACUGUAUAGUUUUGUUAAGAUUUUUUUUAAAGCACCCUUGUUUGUAAAGCUAAUUUUUAGCAAUUAUAAUGGAAAUGUGUGUCAUUUCCACUUUUAAAGUAAACAAGAAUAUUCCUUGUUUGGAAACUGGACUUGAGUUAAAACUCUCCAGUUUCUUAAUUUAUGUAUUAAAACAAAAAAGAAAUCUGUCCAUGUUAGGAGAUAUUUCACUAUGCUUGAAAAGCAUAGAUUACUAAUCCUUUUAAAAGAAAUUGUAAAUGGAGAAAAGUUAUAUUUUAUGAAGGUUAUUUUGUUGUAUUUAGUAUUGGAAAAGUUGGGUUUUGGAGCAUUUCAGAAUGUUGGAAGCACCACUGUCUUUUUUUAUUAGUAUAUAUGGCCUUUAGCAAAAGUUUUUGUGAUUGUUACAUGAUGGUAUUUAAGAGUAGGUUCACAGAGCAUUCAGGACAGACAGAAAACUGAAACAGUACUUAUGUCUCACACAGCUGUGUCCUCAGGGAGCAGAAGUUUGGGUUUGCAACUAGGAGCUUCGUAAGGACUUACUAAAUGAGAUUGCACAAGAACAGACUGAGCUGUGUCAGCAGAGUGUGUCCUGUACCUAAAAACUCUAAAUUUUGUGUACUAUGUGAGAUUGUGAAAGCUGCAGAGAAUUAUCCCAUAUUCAAUGUACAGUAUUCAGUUUUGCUGGCAGUGAUGCCUUAAGCAUGACAUUGGAUAUAUAGUUUACAUGUUCCUUUCAAGGUCUUUUGUUAACAUUUACCAGCUGCAUGCUUCCUAGGCGCUUAUUUUUUAUUGGGUUUCUAUAGAAAACGUUUUUUAAAAAAUAAAAUCAAAUGCAGGCUAAUCAUGUUGAACAGUGAAAGAUCACAAUUGAAUGUCCUCCAUGCUGAAGGAGCUGAAAUCUGCCUCCUUCUUAUUUGCACUUUCUGAUAGUCCCCCUGUUUUUCUAUUUCCUCAAAAUUGUGUGGGUGUGCUGGAGCACCAUAGUUGGAGGAUAACAUGGACCACUGGGUUUGCCCUUUGACCCUGCACAAUGACCUUUGCAUCAGCCAAACUUAUUGCCAUGAUAACUCUUGUACUGUUUCCAUGCCACAGCUCUAUUGGUCACAUUUGUAAAGGGGACAAAGUAGGAGAUGGUCAAUUUAUACAUUUUUGUUGCAAUUUUUUUUUGAUGGUUGUAAGUAGUUUUUUAUAUAUAUAUAUAAUAAAAGGGUUCACUAGUUAUUACUCUUAGGAAUAUCUGUGUGUUGCAAUUCAAAUGUAUGUUGAAUUUGUGAAAGAGGCUUCAGUGCCACUAGCAACCCCAUAUGCUAGCCCAAGCCUUUGAUACUUCUAUUUCAUGAUACAGUUCCAGGAAAGGGAAAAGAACAAAAAAACCAAGGUGGACAAAAUAAAUGGAAAGCUGUGUGAGCUAGUGACACUAAAGCCAGUCUUUGUAUUACUGUAUUUUUGACAGAAUGGUUUUGCAAACUGUGCUACAGGGACUGAUGUGGCAUAUGUGUAUCUAUAUGCAGAAGGACUUUUUUUUAAAAAAAAAAAGACGAAGUAUGGCUUAUUAUGCAUUCUUCAUAGAGGGCAUUGAAGUUGCAUGGACUAAUAAAAGUUGAUGCAAAAUGAGAGGGAGGGAGGGAGGGAGAGAGAGACAGAGAGAGAGAAAUAAAAAAACCAGCAAAAAUGUUUACCAAAAACAAAGAAAGAAAGAGAGAGAAAAAAACCACAAAAAAACAAAUGACCAGUGCCUGUUCAGUUUCACAGUCUCUGUUGAGUUCAGUUGUAAAUAUGUUUCAGAUAACAUUUACUUCAAAAAUUAAAAAAAACUACAACAUUGUAGAAUGUGAGGGGUAACUCCAUCCCAGGCUUAGGCUUCUCAAAAGCUGCAUUAGAUUAUGUCUUCAUCAAGCUGUUAAUUUGUGCUUAUAUCAUAUAGGACUUUAGUGAACUGGGAAGAAGCACCCCAAUCUCAAUGAUAUUUCUCUGAUAACAACUUUUGUAGGGCUGUGUGUUUCUUUAGAUACAUUUAGUACAACUGUAGAUGACGAGUAGUCAGUUAUUGCUUGCUAGCUGCACACCAGGGUUGAUCCAUUUUAAAACUUUUGGCAUUUUCUCCCCAUCUCCACCUCUCCUCCCCAAUGCCAGAGGCCCCAUAUACUGUCUGUUUUGUUUUGUUUUUUAAAGCAUGCACAAUCUUGGUGUAAUGACAUUUUACCCUAGGAUGUAUUUACACCCUACAGACUUAACUUUUAGAACUGUGGCCUCGGGCAAUCAGACCCUCUUAUGAGCCAAAAGGUUUGCAAGCUAUGGGUUUCUGGGAGGAAAGGUUUGUGUGUUCGGAGGACAGUAGUUUUCUUUGGGGUACUUUUCCGUAAGUUACAAAAACUCAGCUGCCACAAGUUUUAAACUGGUGUAAAUCAAGCUUGAGUUAAUGUGAUUUACUGUUAUAUCCAGCCUAUACUGCUAGCAGCUGCUCAUACUGCAGUCAAUUACUGGAAGCGGAUAUAUUUCCUAUGCAAAAACUGUUUAAACAAUAAAAUGAGCUAUGCUACA